AUGGGAAUUCUCCAGAAGCUAUUCCACGCUGAGGAAAAUAUCCAAGGCUCGAAAUUUAGAGCCAUUGCUGUAGGCCUUUUCGUGGCCUUCGGCGGUAUCCUUUUUGGCUAUGACACAGGAACAAUAUCCGGUGUUUUGGCAAUGGACUACGUCAAAGACCACUUUACUUCUCGAGGCCACUUCACCGCCAAUGAAACUUCGCUGAUCACCGCAAUUCUAUCUGCUGGUACAUUUUGCGGUGCCAUUUUGGCUCCGCUGGCAUCCGAUACUUUGGGUCGCAGACUGGGGCUCAUUAUUUCCACCAUUAUUUUCACCGUGGGUGUGGUUUUGCAGAUAGCGGCCACGAAACAAGACCUGCUCAUUGCAGGUAGAGUCAUCGCGGGCGCCGGUGUCGGUAUUCUUUCCGCCAUCGUUCCACUAUAUCAAGCAGAGGCUUCUCCCAAAUGGAUCAGAGGCGCUGUUACGUCGUGCUACCAGUGGGCAAUUACCAUCGGUUUGCUACUUGCGGCGUGUGUUAAUCAAGGCACUCACUCCAGAACUGACUCGGGUUCCUACAGAAUUCCAAUUGCCAUCCAGCUUUUAUGGGCGUUGGUCUUGUUUGCUGGCAUGAUGGUUUUGCCCGAAUCGCCAAGAUUUUACGUUAUGAAGGGCAAGGUCGCAGAGGCAAGCAGGGCUUUGUCAAAACUAAGAGGGCUACCAGAGGAACACGAGUUCGUUGCAUCGGAACUGGAAGAAAUUGUUGCCAACUAUAACUACGAGUGUUCCUUCGGUUCUUCCUCAAUUUUCGACUGCUUCAGACCUGCCAACAACCAAUUGAAGCGCAUACUCACCGGUAUCGCCAUCCAGGGUCUGCAACAGCUUACCGGUAUCAAUUUCAUUUUCUAUUACGGCACACAGUUUUUCCAAAACUCCGGCAUCAAGAACCCAUUUAUCAUCCAGUUGAUCAUGAAUGUGGUCAACGUGGUCAUGACCGUUCCUGGCAUUGCGUUGGUCGAGAUUGCUGGCAGAAGAAACCUGCUGCUGUGGGGUGCAGUGGGCAUGUGUGUGAGCGAGCUGAUCGUUGCUGCUGUGGGAACUGCACUUCCGGACAGUUUUUCCGCAAACAAGACUUUGAUAGCCUUCUCUUGCACAUUUAUUGCGUCAUUUGCAGCUACAUGGGGUCCACUAGCCUGGGUUGUGGUGGGGGAGAUUUUCCCACUCAGAGUAAGAGCCAAGUCGGUAGCCGUGUGUGCAGCUUCCAACUGGUUGUUUAACUUUGCCAUUGCGUACGCUACCCCAUACCUUGUUGACAGCGAGCACGCCAAUUUGCAGUCAAAGGUGUUUUUCAUCUGGGGCGGCUGCACUUUCCUGUGCUUCUUGUUCGUGUACUUUUUUGUAUAUGAGACCAAGGGACUCACAUUGGAGCAGAUCGACGAGCUGUUCGAGACUUGUUCUAGUGCCCGUCACUCCAAGGCGUUUUUGCCUUCUGAGGGCUUUGCUGCGCACGAAGCCACUCAAACUGACAGUGACAAGGCAUUUGUGGUGGCCAUCGAGAAGGUAUAG